AUUAAUUAGCACCUUGACAAGACACUAUUUCAUUAUAAUUCAAGAGUGACGAAGAUUUAACUACAAAUAGUGACAAUUUCCAAACUCUAAUUAGUUUUCGUUUUCUAAUCCAGGAGAUAAAUGAUUCAAGGAGAAAUUAAUACAUAUUGAAUCUUUGGUUUAUCUUAAACAUGAAAAAAAUAAUUGUAACAAUUCUCUUGGGGCUUUGUAUGAUUGGAGACUGUGCUACACCGCUCAAAGCUAUGAAGAAACGUCUGACACAGGAACAAUGUAAACAGAAAGUUGCCGGAAUGAAGACAAGAUCACAGUCUUCGUACGUCAGCGUCAAUCCAACGUGUGAUCUCGGGAAAGUCUCAGUCAUGUAUUCACGUAGUGAGCUUCAACUCUCGUUCUGGCGAGAUUAUCCCUACCAGAUUUGCUUGGUGGAAUUAAAACGUUAUGAGGUUCUCCGAGCCUGGGAUGCAUCUAGGCAACAAAUCCAACCUAUAAGAGACGGAAAUAAUGUUUGCUUCCAAAACAGAAAUCCAAAUGGUGGAACAGUGAAUGUUCUUCUAAAACCGAGUGGAUUUACUUAUAUUUCUGAAGUUUACUAUGAAAUCCAAAGACUACAAACUUCGGGUUCAUUCUCUGCUGUCUCUCCCUCACGUGAUCAACGUCCACUACCAAUCACCACUCCUCUGCCAGAGAGGAGGUUCCGCCUAUUUCGUGAUGUCAUCACACCAGUACCAAGACUACGCGAUUUACGCAUGCGUCGUCCCGUGGUUUUCCCUAGCCCAGUUCCUUCGCCUAGCCCAUUACCAUUAUCCAGACGAUGGUUCCUCGGACAACUUCCUAGAUUUACAAACAGAAUGCGAGGGGAUGUGAGAAGACUCAGGGGAAAUAAUAUGCAGGAGAGAGACAAUAUCCGCUUUAGACAAGGAUUACAGAGAUUUUUUGGACAGUGAUUGAAAAAAGGGUAAUGGAAAUAUACUGUUUACAAACUAUAAUGAAAAAGUGCAUGUAGGUGUGGAUGUUUGGAAAUAAAAAACCUUCAAAUGUAAUAGGAACAAACAAAAAUCAAACCUUAGACAUCUUGUUUGUUAAUCAUAGGCUCAAGUAACAUGUGAAGGGGGAGGGACAAGCUACAGAUUGAUGUUUUGCAAUACACAUAAAAGUAUCUUGUCGUGUUGUAUUAAAAUAAAAGGAACAUGAACCUGUGG